AUGGGCAAAAGACCACGCCACUUCGCCGGGGUCGAAAGCUCUGAGCAGCUGGCCUUCAUCGACGAGCUGCAGACUCUCGGGCUGAGUGGCACAGUUAACCUACCAGAGCUCGUGGUAGUAGGUGACCAAAGCGCGGGCAAGAGCUCGGUGCUCCAAGCUAUCACAGAGGUCUCGUUUCCGGUGAAAGACGGAACUUGCACUCGGUUCCCCAUCCAGAUCUCUUUUCGCCAGACUUCCACUGAGAAGGACUUGCCUAUUAAAGGCACGAUCGUGCCCGGUCGGCAAUCCGAGAAUGACGCAGCAUUUUUAGCUCGCAUCAAGGACUUUAAAGUCGAGAGGAAGGAGCUGACGACGGAUGUCAUGAGGGAGAUUAUCGAAAAGGCAACCGAAUGCAUUUUUGACGCACAUCGGCCUGGAGAGAGGGUGAGUCUAAGCGACGCCACACUGCGCAUUGAGCGGUCGGGCCCGGACGAGAUGCAUUGGACUAUCACCGAUCUUCCGGGGCUCAUUCGGAGCGAUAAAAAAAAGAGAGAGCAUAUGCCGAAUGGCGCAAUUGGUGACGGGUCGGAAGAUGCGCCAAUGCAGAUGAAUGCAGCUGUUGCAUCGGAUUUGGCACGCGCGUAUCUAACAAAUGACCGAAACAUCGUCUUAGUUGUUAUUGAUGAUGUAGAUGUGGAGCGCCUCCGGAUCUUCGAACUAAUGGAGGAGAUCCCAGGUCUGGAAAAGCGAUGUAUUGGCGUGCUGAACAAGUGUGAUCGCAAACAAGAAGGAUCGGAUGAAUGGAUGGUGAAACUCCUUCGGAACGACCUCUCAACUGUUCCUCGCCUCGACCACGGGUGGUUCGGAUUACGAAGCCGAGUUCCUAACGAAGUCCACAUUACUGAUGCAGAGCGGGACGAAAGAGAAAGUGCCGAAUUUAUGAGAAAAGACUGGCAAGAAGUCCCGAAAGACCGCACAGGAAUACAAGCGCUCGUGAAAUAUGUCGACAGCGAACGACGAGCGCAGAUCCAGACUGGUAUUCCGCGCAUUCUGGAAGAGAUUCGUCAGAAGCUUCGAGAAUGUGAGUCAGAUCUAAGCCAUAUGGGUGAAGCUCGAGAUAGUCCAAAGGCCCAGCGGUAUUUUAUCUUCCAGUUUUGCAACAAGAUGCAGCACAUGGCAGAGGCGACACUUAGAGGUCAGUACCAAGCUGUGCCUUCUGAGGACCCGCGGAUUAUGCUUCGCUACGAAGUGCAACGUCGCCUAGAUCAAUUCUAUGCAGAGAUGGUGGAUGACAGAAAUAUGCCACUUCCAUUCACAAACUACGAAAAAGAUCUGAAAAUCCUCAGCGACUCAGACCCAAAAGAAUGGGACAGGAUCGCCAGCAAUUCCAGUGGCAUAUAUGCUGAAAUAUACAAGGAAGCCAAGAUCAGCGAAGGCUGCAGUCUUCCCGGCACUGUGCAUCCAGACGUCGAAGAAAAAAUCUUCCGCAAGCAAUCCAUCCAUUGGGAAGCCAUUGCCCGCCGAUUUGUCGAUGAUGUGAAGGAUCUGGUUAAGCUCUGCCAUGAUGUUCUAAUCCGCAUUGCUAUACCUCAAAGCAAAGUGCGAUUGGAGGUCAGUCGUAUAAUGGGCAAGACAAUGGAUGCAUGGGACAACGAUGCAAAGAAAGCUCUUUCCGAACUAUUGGAAGAUAAUAGAGCUAGACCUUUGGUCACCCGCAACCCGCAGUUGGUGAAUCAAUUGAACUAUGCGGAUCAUUAUCGAGGUGAAGUCCUUCUCGGGGAAGGAUCGUCUAAAAGACCAUCUUUGGAGCAUGAUCAGCAGGAAGAUGUCAAGAGCAAGCUCAAGCCCAAUGGUAACCGUCCUCGGUUUAUCUCCACGAUUCUCAGCCAGGUGUUGUUCGUCCGUGCUCGGCUGCAAUCAUACUAUGAGAUUGCUUUGUAUCGCUUUGUGGAUAACGUAGCGAUGCAGGUGGUGGAGCGACAUAUCCUGGGACCAAAAUGCCCAAUGCUAGCCGUGUCCGUCGAGACAUUUGCUAGGUUGGAUGAUGAAGAGCUGGAUGCAAUAGCCGGGGAAGAUCAAUCCGAUGUCAUGAUGCGAAACAGGCUUGAGAGACUACAGUCCCGGUAUACCAACGCACUCGGUAAGUGGGAGAGGGUGAGGAUGUUUUAG